GCCGCAUGCUGAUUGGCUGGGGCGCCUGUCAAUUCAGCGGAAUUACGGUGGGCGGGCUCUGCUCUGAUUGGUCAGAAAAGAACUUCCGGCGGAAGCGGCUCGUGAGGGGACCGGGACCGGGAACGGCGCCGGGACCGGGAGCGGAACCAGGACGGGGAAACGCGACUGAGAGCGGGCGGCCGCAGCCAUGAACAUCCGGAACGCGCGGCCCGAGGACCUGAUGAACAUGCAGCACUGCAACCUGCUCUGCCUGCCCGAGAACUACCAGAUGAAAUAUUAUUUCUACCACGGCCUCUCCUGGCCCCAGCUCUCUUACAUCGCCGAGGAUGAGAACGGGAAGAUCGUUGGCUACGUCCUGGCCAAGAUGGAGGAAGACCCCGAUGACGUCCCCCACGGACACAUCACCUCCCUGGCGGUGAAGCGCUCGCACCGGCGCCUGGGGCUGGCACAGAAGCUGAUGGACCAGGCAUCCCGGGCCAUGAUCGAGAACUUCAACGCCAAAUACGUGUCCCUGCACGUCCGCAAGAGCAACCGGGCAGCGCUGCACCUCUACUCCAACACCCUCAACUUCCAGAUCAGCGAGGUGGAGCCCAAGUACUACGCGGACGGGGAGGACGCGUACGCCAUGAAACGGGACCUGACCCAAAUGGCAGACGAGCUGAGGAAGCAGGUGGAGCAGAAGGAGCGGGGCCGGCCCCCGGCCCCCACCGAGCCCCCCCGGGGUGGGGAUGGGGUCUGCGGCUCGGGGGGGCCCCCCUCGAACGCCCCCCCCACGGGACCCCAACAACACCACGAGGACGGGGGGGGCGACAGCAAAGACGUCAGCGAGGUCAGCGAGACCACUGAGAGCACCGACGUCAAGGACAGCUCCGAGGCCUCCGACUCCGCCUCAUAGGGACCCCCGGGAGCCCCCCCAAAAUCCCUGGGACCCCCGGGAGCCCCCCCAAAAUCUCUGGGACCCCCGGGAGCCCCCCCAAACCCCCUGGGACCCCCGGGGACCCCCCUUGGUGCUGUGGGGGGCAUUAAAGCCCCUCAGUCUGCA